CCAACAAAACUACAAACGCUGAGAACCAACGGGCUAGCAAAGUCGCUGUUCCACUGUUCCAAUUUCUAGGAUUGCCAAGGGCACACGUUUGCAAGAUCUGAAGAGGAAAUUACAAGAUGAUGAACAGGAACGCAGAAAAUUAGGCGAAGGUUCUCACUUUAAGCACUGGACAACCUCGGCUGCAUCAUGCUGAAGAUCUAUAGGUCCCUCAUUGCAAACACCACGGACAUUAUCUACUUGGGGCUCCUGCUGGCCUCAAUCGUCGUGGGGAAUUUUGUCCUCAAGAUUGACGGGGUACAGAGGCGGAAAACGUUCUGCACCCUCUUUGGCGCGCUCCUCGUGGUUCUGGUGUCCGGACAACAUGCGGUUCACUCCAUGCUGGUCACCAUGGUCAAUGCCUUCAUCAUCGUCGUGUGCCCUUGCAAGCACCGUGCCAAAGUCAGCUUUGUGUUCUGCUUUGGGUACCUGGUGUACUUCAAGUACCUCAAGAUGUUCAGCCCUAUGCCCCCACCAGAAAUCACCAACUGCAUCCAGAUGAUGCUCACCCUCAAGAUGGCGGGGCUGGCCAUGGAGCUGCAGAUAAUCCGGGAGGAGCACUCUCCAAAGCCGUCGGAGGAGCAGGCUUACGAAGAGGGAGACAUGGACCUCGGCUUCUGGGACGUCUUUCACUACGCCUUCUGCUACGUUGGCGUGCUAGUGGGACCCUAUUAUCGCUACCGCACCUACCGUGACUUCUUCAACGCCCCUUUCCUCCAAAUGGUUGAUCGCAAGUCCAAGUGUCUGCAGCGCUUCAAAGUCUUGCCCAUCUAUGCCCUCAUGUGGAUUGCACUCAACCGCCUUUUUCCUACCGACCACGUGGACACCGAGGAAUUCUACGGCCACGGCCUGGCCUACAAGCUGCUCUACCUGUCGCCCGUGUUCCUCAUCUUCCGGCUCCGCCUGUACAUGGGCUUUGUCCUCGGAGAGUGUGUCUGCAUCGCGGCCGGCCUCGGCUGCUACCCGGCCAGGUCCACACCCGUGCCCGGCGCCGGGCCAACCAAUGUCCCCGGACUGCUCCACGUAUGGCAGGGCAAGAGCGGGCCCUGGGCGGAGGAGGAGUUCAGCUACGAGGCGGUGCACAACGUGCAGGAGGCCCAGGCAGAGCUGAGCGUGAGCAUGCGCCAGGGCAUCCGCAGCUGGAACCGGACCGUCCAGUACUGGCUCGCCGUAUACUUCUACAAGCGGCUACCCCUGCCAAAGCCCCUCAGGACCCUGCUCACCAUGAGCCUGAGCGCCGUCUGGCACGGACUUCAGCCCGGCUACUUCCUGUGCCUGGUCACGUCGACCGCCUUCCUCUUCGCCGAAGAGCAGCUGGAUGUCGUGUGGCGGUCGCUAAAAGACGCCCGCCUCCGCCUGGCCUUCCAGUUCUUCCAGUGGUUCCUCAAGAUGCAGUCGUUCACCUACAUGCUCGCCGCAUUCCUCCUGCUCGACCUGAGCCGAGUCUACCGCUACUACCGGGAGGUCUACUUCCUGGGGCACGUUUACGUCGCCUGCCUCCUCCUUUGGAGGGUGGCGAGCGGCAGACGACGGAACGCGGAACAGCGGCAGCAGAAGAAAGACUAGGCUGCGUCGUUCCUCUUCUCUUCCAGAGUGAUUGCAGUGUAGGGCCGACGGUGUAUUAAGGUUGGUUCGCACAUCUGCUUUAGAGUUCGAUCGACCCCAUUGCAACCACUCGCUUACGAAUGCCGGAGAACACUGGCGCCAUCUGUCAAGUAGCUCUGGAACACUUCAUAUCUGCGUGUAACUAGACUGAAGGAUUUUUAGAAUUUGCAAGACCAAACCUACGCAAAAUAACUGAGAGAUGGUCGGCCAUAAAAUUGUCAAAUAUUUCAAGCCCAUGGCGAGAGAACGAUUUAUUAAAUAUGCGUAUGUGGGAAAUAUUCCGGGAUCGUCCAGUAGGGGGUGUAACUGCGUUUUCUCGUCGUAAACGGUCGCAAUGCAGUCAAUCACUCAAACGCAAAUAUGGGAACCAGCCUCCAUCCACUGGCCGAGACACCUUGGAGCAAGCUCAUCGGAAGCAGACAAUGUGAGCUGUCUGCUGCUGUGAAAACUGGUCAGAGAAAAGCAAAAGAGAGUUUUAGGUUUGCACGUCGAGAAGAGUGAGAGGUACAGGAAAUAGUGCGUCGUCUGUUGCACCGCCGUUUGUGAAACAGACUUUCCAGAAGCAGACGACGCGGUUUGUGAGUGGGUAGGAACUGCUUCAUGUUUGGAUUUCGAGAAGGACUGUCGGUAGGCUUUGUCAGGUUGAUGCCCGGGCACUUGUUCCAGUUAACUUUGAAAAGAUAUACAGCAAAGAUAGCCCAGAAAUUAGCAGUUGCAGUGAAAGUGACAGACAGAUUCCGUACAGCCCUAGUUCACUUCUGGGGAUGACGUCUGCCGAUUCCUGCUAUAAAAAAGGGUUUUGCGUUGUUUUAAAGAUUUAACCUGAAAUUACCCAAAUCAUUCGGACCAGUAUCAUGUCAUCGUGACAAAGGCACUUUUCCACGCAAAAACUAUGGGUGUUAGCACUACAGAUACUAAUUUCACCUGCUAUUGGAGAUCGCAGACAAAGUGUGCUUACGACUGACUGGUUUACAGUCUAUGGGUUCACGAUAAAGUGCUGAAAAAGUCGACGGAUGCAGAGAGGAACUAAAGAAAGCGGUCCAAAGAUCUGUUUGUGUCCGUUACAAUAAUACUCCUAACACAUCUAGUCAUCUAGCUGUCUUUCCAUCUCAUUAGGACACGAAAUAGACGGGCUACUGAUGGUGUUCUAUUUUCUUCCAGACACACACCCAAAUAAAUUGCUCUUUUUAUUGCAUCAAAAGGGUGUCGCAAGACCUCCUCUAUCUUCCUCUUUACACUGUCUAAGAGCAGCAUUUGUGCCAGCACAAAUGCAAACGCCACUCUUGCACCACGAUUUCCAAAUGUCGCAAAAAGCGUGGAGCCUAGUCAUUUUCGUCCGGCGUCAACGUUUACGCCGAACAUCCUCGAGCUAAUAAACUCUCUUCUUGACCAACAAA